UACAGCAAGACCGUGUCUGCUUCCACGGCGCUUUUAUUCUGUAGGCUGCCGAGUUUCAGUACUGUAAUGCCGUUUGCCUGAAAUCCCUAAGACUAGCAUCGCCUUUUCCUUUGCAAUUGGUGAAAACGCAUUUAUUGCUUUUUUUAAAAAAAAAUUCUUUUGCUUAAUAAAGUAGAUCGCGAUGACCAUCACGCAGAUAGAUCAAGGACAGCGGUACAGGCCAAGAAUGGCAUUCUUGAAAAAGUUGGAGGUUUUGUUGGUAGAAAUGCAAGAUCCACAAUCUGGGAUCAAAACGCAAAUUCAGAACAUGCCGGAGGGCAGCAUUCCACAUACUGUGGUUGGUUGUGAUAUGCUGCAAUGGAUUGUGAAGCGUUUGGAGAUUACCAAUGAAGAGGGGCUACAUUUAGGAAGUAUGAUUAUGAAGUGUGGGUACAUGUAUCCUCUUCAGGACCGAAAGAAUCUGAAUCUCAAAGGAGACACCAGCCUCUAUCGAUUCCAGACACCCUACUUUUGGCCAACCCAGCAAUGGGGAGCAGAAGAUACAGAUUACGCCAUUUACCUAGCAAAGAGAAAUAUUGAGAAGAAAGGAGCUCUAGAAGAUUAUGAAAAGGAACAUUAUAGCAUAUUGAACAAACGCAUCAACCAUAAGUGGGAUUUCAUUAUUAUGCAGGCCAAGGAGCAGUACAGCGCAGAAAAGGAACGAACGAAAGAAGACCGGUAUACUUUGGCUUUUCAAGAGAAAGCCUACUGGCUAGUGCAACGGACUCCUCCUGGAAUGCAAGACACACUUGAUUAUGGGCUGGAUAGAGCGGUAGAUCUCUGUGAAAAUAAGGUAAACCAGAAAAAAACAACUCAGGUAUAUAGGACAGAGAUCAUGUUCCUCCAACAGUCCCUCAUGAAGACUGCAACAAAGUCAUCUGUCUCUCUGGAAGGAAUAGUGAAGUACUGUGAACAGUUCUGCUCCAAUGACCCUAUAAUCUCAGGAUGCCUGCCCAGCAACCCUUGGAUUUCUGAUGAUGUGGAUUUUUGGGAACUCAAUGCGAAACUGGUAGAAAUCCCCACCAAGGCACGGGUGGAGAAAUGGGCUUUAAACUUUAGUGAGCUGAUGAAGGACCCCAAAGGACGUCAGAGUUUCCAACUGUUCCUGAAGAAGGAAUUUAGUGGUGAGAAUCUGGGAUUUUGGGAAGCUUGUGAAGAUUUGAAGUAUGGAGAUCAAGCCAAAGCGAAAGAAAAAGCAGAAGAAAUUUACAAAACCUUCUUGGCCCCAGGAGCAAGACGUUGGAUUAAUAUUGAUGGCACCACUAUGGGCAUUACAGUCAGAGGCCUCAAAAACCCUCAACGUUAUGUCUUAGAUGCUGCACAGACUCAUAUUUAUAUGCUCAUGAAGAAGGAUUCUUAUGGUCGCUAUUUAAAGUCUCCGGUAUACAAAGAAAUGUUGUCCAAGGCAAUUGUACCACAAGAAGUGGUUAAAAAAAGCUCUUACAAUCCGUUUGCCCGCAAGCACCUGCGCUCCAGUCCCAGCCCCAUCCUCUUGAGGCAGCUGGAGGAAGAAGCCAAAGCUAGAGAAGCCGCCACCAAUGUGGACAUCACCCAGGUUAUGAGCAAGCUGGAUCGCAGAAGCCAGCUCAAGCAGGAGGCCCCGCCUGCUAAAUAGGGCCCCGAUAGGGCUGGAGAGCCCAUGGCAGGAGAAAAACCACAGAGCCAGGAGGAGAAUGCUGGCUGUACGUAGGGCUGCAUUUCCUCCCCCUGGCCUGCAGGUGUCACUAGUGUUUCAUUGUUAGCAAUCCAUCUCUCUCUCUCUCUCUCCCUCCCUCCCUCCCUCCCUCUCUCUCUCUCCCCCACCUUGCCUUCCUCCCAUCUACAGUCGGCUGUUGCCAUGACAUCCAGAACAGUGUCCCUUCAUCAGCCGCUGCUGCUGAUAGAAUCCUAGAACAUAGGUGGCAAAAAAAAAGCCCCCGUACGAGAAUGGCAGUGAUGCUUUUCAGAUCAGAUCAGCUCACUUUACACCAUGUUUUCUAUAAACUCCCCUCCCACUUCUACAAACACUACAAAGUCUGGAUGCCAUGGCAACCAGCUGCCUGGCCUCUCUAUGCCUGUAAAUAACAAAGAAAAAGGGCUGAACAAUCCUAUUGUAAGACAUCAGCCAGAAAACGGAAUCUUCUUUCCAGAUACCAAUUAUCUGGUCAUUGCCUAAAGAACAACUCAAGAAUUCGAUAAGGAGCAGACACUGAGGAAGGAGACAUUUAAAUGAUGGUGCAUAAUGCAGAUUUACUUUGUGAAUGAUUGAUAUAACUCCUUAAUAUCAUUUAAUCAUCUAUUCCUAUUCAGAAUGGUUCUAUAUUGACCAACGAUGGGUUGUGUUUUUACUUUCAUUUUAGAAAAUGUUUGUAGAUAAUGUACAGAUUCUUUUUUAGGUUUCAUUAAAAUGAUCCACUUUAAUAAGCAGUAAUAGGAUAGCAUCUUUCUUUGGGGCAGAUAUUUCAGAUUUUCUAAGCAAAUUAAAGAUCCUAGCUGCUCAGAUGCUUAAUCAUUUGUCUGAUGCCUAUUUAAAGGGAAGCCUUUAAUGGAUUUUUACAAUUCUACCAGACAAAUGUAUUUUAUAUUAGACAAUUCAUGACUUGUUGGGUCAAUAUUUCAGAGAUAUUUCCUUACCUAAACAGAGAAACAGAAUGACUGUAGGUGGGCAAAGAAUCAGUAGGGAAGGGAGUGUCUUCUAAUUUUCUGCCAGCUUCCCAUUCCCUUCCUUGUGGGAAGCUGGCAAGGAGUGCUGGAAAUUGCAAUCACAUGAGUACAGCUGGCUGCAGCAGUGCAGGAGUAUGGCAGUACUGAGAUAGUCACAACUUUGCCAAAUUUCAAUCCCACGAGAGUUGUGGGUCCUGGAUUUUGGAUACAUUCUUUAAGUUAAGUUUUAAGUUUUAGCCCAUUUGAUGUACAUUGAUUCAAAAAUUACCUUAUGAUGGACUGUUUUGUGAAUUAAAGGUUACAAUCAGACAAGCAGGAGAGUUUUAGUUUAUAGAUAGAUAGAUAGAUAGAUAGAUAGAUAGAUAGAUAGAUAGAUAGAUAGAGAGAGAGAGAGAGAGAGAGAGAGAGAGAGAGAGAGAGAUAUUAAAGGAUAUGCUCUCUAAUGGAUAAGAUUAAUAUCUGUCACCAAAUUCCAAAGUUUAAAUACUAUUGGUUGUUUGGUGCAGAAGGGUUACUCCACUUAACCUCAAAUAAUGCAAUAAUGGAAUAUAAGAAGAAGCUUUCUAACUGGAGAGCACUUUUUUGUAAUUUCUGAAUGUAUUAUAUUUACAUUAGUGUUCUACUUAAUCAGUUUUCCUGCUUAGCAACAGAAAUUCUGAUCCCAAAUGUCAUAAGAUGAGAAUUACUUCUAUAUGCCUGUCAUAACAGGUUUGACUGCCAUGUGUCUCAAAGCAGGCAGAGGUCAAAAGCCCUUGAAGUGAUUGGAAAUGCCAGAAGAAAUGUUUUUUUUUUUUAUUUGUGUUCUCUAUGAGCAACGUCAGCAAAACUUAAAAGCUUACCCAGCAGAAAGGUGAAGAUGAAUUGCAGGGCUGACCUUUUGUUUAAAUAAUCUAUAGCUAUUAAUCAUAGUCAGUAUGUGCUUGAAAUAUUUCAGUGGUUUAUGAACAACUUAAGUGGAAUUGAGGCUCAUACAACUUCUCAGUAUGUUUCAUUUAUUUUCAGGAAGUUAGUUCAGUCACGCAGAUACUAUUUCUAUCAUUUGAUCUAGCUGAGCUUAGGUUGACUUUGAGUUCUGACCUUUUUUUGUCACUGCUUUUCAUCAUCGGUGGCAAAAUACAAGGAACGUUUGGGAAUCUCUGUGAUAUUGGCAGAACUAGAACACCAUCGUCAAAAAGGCCAUGAGAACAUACCAAGGAUGUGAUCUUAAAACAACCCAAGGAGUGAUUUCUGUUAGAUCAAAGAAAUCUAAAUGUAGCCCAGCAGCACUGCUGUAAUUUAGGCAGAGCUUCCUGAGACUCUCAACUUUGAAAAUGCAGCUAUGGAGAUUAAUUAAAAUGUUCUGUCUGUUUAGAAAGGUCAACACUGUAGCUACGUAAUACACCAAAAUAAUGUUCUGAAACUCUUUGGGGGUAACUUCAGGGCUCCUUAGAAUCUUUUCAGGGGUUCUUUAGUAAUACAUUAGUUAUUCAGAAAAUAUACAGUAUAUCCUAUGUUUGAAUAAAUUUUAAAAAAGACUAAUAAUAGAUUAUGGCCUCUGGCAUACUAUAACCAUGGGAAUUGCAAGCCACCCCAAUAGAGAAUAAAUCAGUCUGCAUUGUUCACAAGCCUUAGGCUGGAGGUCUUGGGCACAAGUGGGAGUCAGCUUCCCCAAUUAAGAAUAGUGAAGAAACCAAAUUCUAGAAACACAUGCACAAAUACACAUUAUUGCUGAAGUAGAAGUAUCAAGGAAGGGACAUCCCAGUCUGCAAAACCUUCUUAGCAGCCUGGUCUUUUUGGCAGCUUCUAAGGGCUUAAUGCUAGAUUACAGCUGGCUAUUUAUUUAUUUAUUUAAUUUCUGCAUCGCCCAUUUCACUUAAGCAACUCUGCGAGUUUUACAACAUCAUAAUGAAAACACAUGAAUAAAAGCAUAGAUUAAAAACAGGAUUAAGAACAAUGUAAAAUUUACGGGUAAAAAUACAAAGCAAAGUUAAAAAUUGAAAAGGCUAAAAGAUUAACAAGGCAGGAAGAGUUUCCUCAAGCCAGCAGCCAUUCCCAAGAUUGUAUCAAGACUAUGUCAGGUCUUAACACUCAUCCAGAAAUAGCAAUAGCAGUUAGACUUAUAUACCAGUCCAUAGUGCUUUACAGCACUCCCUGAGCACUCCCUUACAAUGCCAGCAUAUUGCCCCCAACAAUCUAGGUCUUUGUUUUGCUGACCUUGGAAGGAUGGAAGGCUAAGUCAACCUUGAGCCCUCUGGAUCAAAAUCCAGGUUGUGGGCAGAGUUAGCCUGCAAUACUGCAUUCUAACCAUUGUGCCACCACAGCUUUACGCCAUCAUGGAAAACCAGAAGAGUGGGGGUUCUCUUCACCUCUGGGGGUAAGAUGUUCCAAAAGGCAGAGGUAGAAGCUGAGAAGGCCUUCUUCCUGGAUCCCACCAGUUGAACUUUCUCGACUGAUGGAUUACACAGAUGCUGUCCCUGCUUGAUUGGUUGGAAUGGGCCAGUAUAAUUGAGACAAGACAGUUCCUCAGAUAUACCAUGAAGGGCUUUAAAGGUAAUGACCAAUCUCUUGAAUUGAACCUGGAAGCAAAUUGGCACCCAGUGCAGCUCAUGUAGCAAAAGUGUUACAGGAACCACCCUAGGGGUGCCCCAAAGUCUCACUGUUGCAUUCUUUGCCAAAUGCAACUUUCGAAUACUCUUCAAGGGGAGUCCCAUGCAGCAGUUGUCCAGCCAGGAGAUGACCAGGGUAUGAGUGGCUGAAAUGAGAGCAUCUCCAAUGAGGAAAGGACGUUACUGGCUUACAACUUGAAGUUGAGCAAAUGCCUUCCUAGCCAUGACUACCCAAUUGUGAUAGCCCACCCAAUUUCUUUGUGGGAAGACUACAUAUAAUGCAUAUACAUAACAUCAAACCACAUAACACAGCAGCCUUCGAUCUCUUGCUGCUUAAUUGAAGCAAGAAUAUGCUUUCUUUUUGCUCUCCAGUUCACACAACUAUAGUAGGAAUUCAGGGGUCCUGAUGGCAGGAAUAAGAUGCUACUUUUACUUCUAUACUUGCUUGUUUGACCAUGGAAGGGGACCCAAGCUGAUCUACCUCUUGCCAUGAUUUUUUCACUUUUUCUAAGAAGUUGAGAAACCAUUCAUCAAACACUAUGUCACUUUUUUUUUCUAGAAUGGCAUGCACACGAUGGGUAUGUUCUAGCUCAGGUGGAAUGACUGUACAACUAAAAGACAACAUUUCCUAGGAAUUAAAUAAAAUAGUGGAAAUCAUGUUGUUGGCCUCUAGUUGUCCAUGCUGUCUUCCAUUGUGGCUUGGUUAGCAGAUACAAUCUAUAAUAUGUAGGAGGGUUACUGCUUUUUAUUGUCUUUUAAAAAUAGAACGUGCUUCACCUUGUUUUAAUUACAAGCAAUGGGUUGUCUUUUCAUUAUUCAUCCAGACUUGCCAUACUUCCCCCCACCUUUCAUUUUCCUUAGUUAAAUAAAACUAGAACUUGAAAGAA